GAUGUUAACAUUUUAAAUAGAAACUCUACCUUGCUAAGUGCUAAAGCUUAACCAGACAAGAAAAAAAACUAAAAAUUAGAAAACAUUUCAUAGCAUCAAAGCUUCUAUGUAGGAUAACUGUUCUGUGUAACGAAAACAACACAUGGGAAACCUCAAGUCUCUCGCUCUCUUGGCUUUGCUUUUCUCUCUCUCCCUCGCUGUUUUUGCGGACACAUCCACUGAUGCCACACAUGCUAAGGAUGAAGUGAAGCCAAGUACUGAAGCAACCGAUGGUGUAGAGCCCCAGCAAGGCUGGGGUGGUGGUGGUUGUAGGUACGGAUGUUGCGGUGGCUGGUGGGCUGGACGGUGCAGAUACUGUUGCAGCAGUCAAGCUGAGGCCAACGUUAACGAGGUUGUGGAAACUGUUGAACCACAGCAAGGCUGGGGUGGUGGUGGUUGUAGGUACGGAUGUUGCGGUGGGUGGUGGCGUGGACGGUGCAGAUACUGUUGCAGCAGCCAAGCCGAGGCCAACGUUAACGAGGUUGCGGAAACUGUUGAGCCUCAGCAAGGCUGGGGUGGUGGUGGUUGUAGGUAUGGAUGUUGCGGUGGGUGGUGGCGUGGACGAUGCAGAUACUGUUGCAGCAGUCAAGCCGAGGCCAACGUUAACGAGGUUGUGGAAACUGUUGAACCACAGCAAGGCUGGGGUGGUGGUGGUUGUAGGUAUGGAUGUUGCGGUGGGUGGUGGCGUGGACGGUGCAGAUACUGUUGCAGCAGUCAAGCCGAGGCCAAGAAGGUUAUGGAAACAGUGGAGCCCCAGCAACGCCGUGGAUGUAGGUUAUACGGUUGCUGUGGAAGCUUUACAACUGGACGGUGCACUGCUUGUUGUUCCAAGCCGAUGGCCACGGAGAAAGUGAAGAAGAAAGAAGAAGCUAAGCCAUGAUUUGGCGUAUAACACAAACCCUCUAUGUUUGUAUGCAUGCAAUGCAUGGUUAAUUACCGGUACGUACGUAUGUCAAAAUAAAAGAAAUAUAGUGCUUAAUCCUAGGAAGGUACCUAGAGCUCGAUCAAUAAAUAAAUAAAAACUGUUGGUUCAUAUAAUACGUAUUUUGUUAUGUACUCGACUUUUCUCGUGGAUGUUAUAAAUAAUAACAACCGUUUUAAUAUCAAUCAUGCAUUAUAAUA